AUGGUAUGGAGUGGGCGAUUCAUCAUUAAUUUGGAUAUCGUUCCCUCAUCUUUGGAUGUAGGAAAGGCCGAUGGUUUAUGUGGUUUCUUUGACGGUGUAAAGGAAAAUGAUUUCAAAAGAAGGGAUAGUCAGAUAACAGAUAGUAUUUACUGGAGGUCUCCAAACAAUUUCUAUGACUCCUGGAGAAUACCGACCAAUGAGAAUCUCCUAAGUCAGGAUGGCUCAAUUUACAACAACUUGGAAUCCUUAUCUACCAUUCAAUUUCCCCGUUGUACGUGUACCGAAAGUGGACACACAGAAUGCUCCUACAGGACAUUUUUCUUCUCUUAUUCAAACAGAGGCAAACAAUAUAGAUGUAAUUUUCAUCUGAUGAAUACCAGAAGGCGAAAGCGUGACAUAUUGAGCAAAAAUACAUUUCAAGAGACUUUAACGAGAAGCAAACGUGCAAUUACGUACGUGCAAACAGAAGAUUAUGCCCAGACUGUUUGUUUACAGGCCUUUAAUGAAUCUAUGGAAUACAGGAUUUGUCAGCAGUAUGUAACUGACCUUAGUAAUGUCACGUUGUCCAACUGUAUCGAAGACAUUGAGAUGACAGGUGAUGACAACCUUACAAAAAUUCAUGUAGAAGCUGCUUUAGAGCAGUGCACAACCUUCGUUAUGUUAAAUGCCACACUUCAGGAAGCAGCCCCUGAGGUCACGUAUACAGUACAAAAUCUUUGUCCAAGCAAUUGUAGCAAUCACGGAACAUGCAGCGGAGGAAACUGUACCUGUGAUACCGGUUAUGGCGGAAGUGACUGCUCGUUUGAUAUACUGGCUCCCCCUGCAAUAACAUCAGUACCAAGUGCUGGUCUGUGUGAUCUUUCUAGUAGGGACUGCAGUGAAGCUACCAUGUUUGGAAAAUACUUCGUGGAAAAUAUGGAUUCUCUUUGCUACAUCAUUGUAAAACAGGUUGACGUAAACCAAACAACAGUUACAGAGGACCACAGACAAGUGCCGCUGGAGGAGAGGACAUUAUUUGAGGGAUUCUGUCCACAUUCUGUAAACAGCUCUGGUUUGUGGAUCACAGAGAUAACGUUCAACAUCUCUAAUGACGGACUUCGCUUCACGGAUACGUAUCAGAUUUAUCUCUACCAAUCUCAAUGUCAGGAGUUUCAUAAUGAAUCAGGAAGUGUGUUCUUCGCUUUAAAGGAGAAUUUUUGCUACAUCGACGGCAUAUGUGUGCCCUCCAUGAACAAAAGCAGUAUAAACGAGUGUUUGAUGUGUAAUGCCACUGUAAGUCGGUACAGCUGGACAGUUUAUGAAUAUUGUAAACAAGGAAGGAUUUCCGCCGACAAUAAUUCCUCUCCGUCCUCAGUCCAGCUUAUGACAAUCAUCGCUGUCCUGUGUUCUGUCGGUGGAUUGGCAGUCAUCGUAAUCACUGCCACAGUGAUUAUGAAAACGUGCAAGAAAGUGAAAACAAGGAACCAGAUCUUCGAUAAGAAGUUGAACAACUGACGACCAAAAAUACUUUGUGU